CCGCUUGCCGAUCAUCUGGACAUCCUCUCCACUCGCCGUCUCCGCAGUCGCCGUCGCCGUCGCCGUCGCCGCUCCAUCUCCUAGCCCCCAUCUCCAUCCGCACGCACGCACGCCUCUGGCAGCCGCACCUUGCCGCAGCAGCAUCGCGCCCGCCGCCUCGGCCUCGUCGUCCACGAUGUGGUCCAUCAUGACGCCUCCCACCUCGCCCGACAGCACGGCGCCGUCGGGCAGCGGGCUGGCGCUCCAGCCCGUGCGCUCCACAUCGCCGCCAGCACAGCGCUCCAAGCUCGGCUUCUUCCGCAGCAGCGCCGCCAGCGCCGGCGGCCGCAGCGCCAGCUACAGCGCCGCGUCGCCGACGGCCAGCAGCAGCAAGCUGGCGGCCGCCGCCGCACCGUCGACGCCGCCGCAGCCGCCCUCCGCCAACUUUGGCUCGCUGGGCCGCCGCACGCGCCGUAGCCUCACGCUACCGCGCAAGCUCUCCAUCUCGAGCAUGCUCGACUUCGCGCUGCCCACCGCCGUCGAGGAGGUCGCCUCGUCGUCCUCCACUCCGGCGCCGUCGCCGCCCGUCGUCGAGGAGAGCGAGGGCCCGCGGACGCCGCGCCGCAGCAACAUGCCGCUCAACGGCCGCGCCCGUGCUUUCUCGCUGCGCUUCCAGCGCCGUCUCUCCGUCGUGCGCUCCACCGUGUCGGACCCGGAGUGCAGCUCGGCAUCGGCGCCGCUGCCGGCCGCCGCAGAGGAUGUGCGGUCCGCGUCGCCUGCCAGCGCACGCGCAUCGUCUUCCGACGGCAGCGAGGGCCGCCGCCUCUCGCACCGCCCGUCGAUCGAGAGCUUCCAGUGCCGCGGCCUCGAGGACGACGAGGCGCACUACAGCGACGGCUCGGCGCACUACGAGCGUGCCGCCAUGCCGGGCCUCUCGUCGGGCAGCGCCGAGAACGACCUCGACGGCCUGGGCAUGCUCACGCCGCGCGUCACCUCGUACGCCGACGCCAUGCUGCGCAUGCAGGACUUCACCUUCGCUGCGUACGACGAGCAGCGCGAGAAGGCACUACCCUCUGUCGAGCCGCUGUUCAACGUUCGCGCCUCGUCGAACCAGCCCUCGGCCCUCAGCCUGCGCCGCCGCAGCCCGUCGCGCCUCGUCACGCCGCCGUCGCUGUCGAGCAUCGCCACGCCGGCACGUCCGCCGCGGCCCGACUCGAUCCGCUACGUCUCGCCGUCGCCGAGCUCGGUCGCCACCUUCUCCGUCGCUUCGUCGCUCUCCGGGCACGACGGCCGCGAGUCGAUGGACGGCGACGACGCUGCGUCGCUCGUGUCGUACAAGGCCGUGUCGUGGACGGCCUGCCCGCCGACGCCGCCGUCGUCGCUGCGCCUGCGUCUGCGCUUCUUCGGCCGUCUGCCCAACAGCAGCCUCUCGCCGCCGUCGCCGAGCACGCCGGCGCCGAUGAGCCGCAGCAAGUCGGCGUCCGACGAGCAGAUCGUGCCGACGCCGCUGUCAAGCGUCUUCAUCCCGAGCUGUGCCUCGGGUCUUGAGCUGCGCGAGCUGCUUGCUGAGCGUCUCGCGACCAAGGGCAUCACGCUCUCGCCGCGCAGCCUCUCCGUCUCGCUGCGCCUCGGCCUGUCCGCCGGCUCCAGCUCGGCAUCACCCACGACGCCGACUGCGCUGGGCCUCGCCUUUGGCUCGCCCGCCGACGGCUGUGUGCGCCAGCUCGACAAUAUCGACGCGCUCUACGAGCAGGGCCUCCUCGACGACGACGAGAUCGACGUCUGCAUCCGUCCCACCUACGAGUCGUCCUUCUUCUAACUCUACCUCCUCACCUUAUGCGGUGCUUUCUCGCCACUGUCUCCACUGCCUUGCUACUUGCCUCCUUCCGCAUCACUCCUCGCUCGCUGCAAAGCGCAGUCCUUCUCACGCAUUACCCGCAACUCUGCUUGAGCCCACGCACGUCUGUUUACCCCCCAUCUGCAGCGCAUCAUACAUCUCUGCGCAGCCGCUCUUCCCUCGUCACUCUGCCUCCAUUCAAUACCACAUUUGAUCUGCCAG